UCACAGUGUACUCGUAUAUGCUCGCCGAGUUCGUCUCGUAACAGCUUUCACGUCAGGCUUUUUAUCGUCGCAUUUUUUUGUUUCGUUCACACUCAAAUUUACACAUACGAGAGUGUCUCAUCAAUUCAAUUUCUUCGUACUCUCCCAUUGUUUACAAUUGGUUUGCGUCGUCUUUAAAGCAGUGAUAAGGAAAAAAAGGAGAACAAAAAAGAAAGACAAUCUUGAAGUCUCAUAAUAAAUCUGCGGGCCAUUUUCAUGUGCGCGUUCGCGAUGAAAACUGGUCUCGCCGAUAAUGUGAUAUAUCUCCUUGUAACAGUCGUUUGUAUACCGUACGUUCAAUUUCAUCUACGUGUUUCACCUGAGCUUUCAGUUCCAGUGGGAUAAUAAUCGCGAGAUAUAAUAAUGCGUCGCGUACGUAUAAGGUUGUCAUCGGUACGAGCGUCGUGAGGGACGUUUCGUUUUGUUUUUUUUAAUUUUUUGAAAAUUUGUUUUCGUGUCUCGUGACUACCACUCCUAAAAAAUCGUGCGUUUGUGGUCGUCGUUUCUCAAACGAAAAAAAGCUAUUGGACUUUGCAGCGUGUUGGAUUGUUUGUUAAUUUUACCCGAGUCAAGGUCAAAGCAGAAUAUUUCAUGAUCCUGGCUCUUCAGCUUGCAUAAGUCAAGUCUUGAAUCUCUGAUCAUAAUGGAAAGUUCGGAGGAGCCAACUAGUUUACAAUCUAUUUGUCAUUUGCGUGCCUCGGAACUAUUUCCAAAACCAACGCAUUUUGAGUGCGACGACGCAACAUUGAGCAUCCCGUUUACUCCACUCAGUGGCGAAUCCGUUGUUGCUCUCGGAAGAACCUCCGAUGGCAUACUGGCACUUUCAAAUUACAGACUCUACUUACAACUGAGUCAAGCCUGCUACAAUAUUCCGCUUGGACUUAUCGAGCAGCUGGAAAUCAAGGAAAUAUUUUAUCUACACAUAGGAUGCAAAGACGCUCGAUCUCUGAGCUGUGCAUUCUCCACCAAUGAGCACUGUGCGGAAUGGUUCGCGAGACUGCACAAGGUGCCUUAUCCUCACAAAAGUAUCGAGGAUAUAUUCGCAUUUGGGUAUUACGCGUGGUCCAUAGAAGAAGUUAAGGACUAUCCUAGGCUGGGAAAAGAUAAUGGCUCGUAUCACGCGAGUUUUAAUGCCGAGGUUGAACGAUUGGGAUUCAAUCUUCAUGGUACUUGGCGCAUAAGUCAAAUAAACAAAGAUUAUUGCAUUUGUCCUUCGUAUCCGCCCCAACUUUUGGUACCGGCUUGCAUUGACGAUAAGAAACUCGGGGAAGUCGCGAAAUUUCGAACUUCACGAAGAAUGCCUGCUGUUGUAUGGAGACACGUGAACAACGGUGCUGUAAUAGCCCGCAGCAGUCAACCCGAAGUUGGCUGGUUUGGCUGGCGAAGUCCCGAAGAUGAAGACCUCCUUAAGGCUCUAUCAGACGCAUGUUCUUAUGACACUGGUGGCGAGUCGAUAAUGACCGAUGCGACGAUCGGCAGCACCGAUACCGUCGAAGAUAUUGUGGCGCCGAGCAAAACCAAAAAAGUACUGAUAAUCGACGCGAGAUCCUAUACGACUGCUGUGGCGAACAGAGCACGUGGAGGUGGCUGCGAAUGCCCCGAUUAUUAUCCAAACUCCGAAAUACAAUUUAUGAAUCUUCCUAACAUUCAUUCGAUACGAAAAAGUUUUCACGCUGUUAGACAACUUUGCGCAUCGGAUGUAGAACAGCCCAACUGGUUAAGUCUAUUGGAAGGAACAAGAUGGCUGCAACAUAUGUCGGACUUGUUAAGAGCGGCCGUGACCGUAGCGUCGGCGAUCGAGAGAGACGGAAGACCUGUUCUCGUCCACUGCAGUGACGGUUGGGACAGAACACCGCAAAUCGUCGCUCUCGCUCAGAUAUUGCUUGAUCCGUAUUAUCGCACGAUGGAGGGCUUUCAAAUUCUUUGCGAGAGAGAGUGGUUAGACUUUGGACACAAAUUCGCCGACCGUUGCGGUCAGACCGUCGGUUACGAAGAUCCGAACGAACGAUGUCCCGUAUUUCUUCAAUGGCUCGAUUGCGUCCAUCAGCUUAUCCUGCAAUUCAAAUGCAGUUUUCAAAUGUCAUCGGCAUACAUUGUCAAACUCGCUCAACAUACAUACUCCCAGCUCUUUGGCACUUUUCUGUGCAACACUCGACAAGAAAGAUUGCAAUUAAAAAUUCGCGAUCGUACAUUCUCCGUUUGGCGUUUUCUCAAUUCAAACACGUUCAUAAAUCAUCUCUAUUCACCGUCGAAAAAUAAGGUUUUAUGGCCGAGUUGCAACGUACGCGAUCUCGUUUUAUGGUCCGAGGUUUAUCUCGGAUCUUUGGAAGUAUCGCAAAAGAAUCCGAGUGAAAAACAGAGAGUAUCAAUUAUUGAUACGGAUAGUUGUGAUAACGAGGAGCCACAAGGACAAAUGACAAAAACGCGUUCCUAUGGCGACCUCAUCCACGCCCAAGAUCACGUGGCUCAUCUGCAUCGUAGACUCAGCGAUCCCAGUAUUUCAAUUGAAAAAAAAUUCGACUCGAUUACUCUCGAGAACGAAUCCGAAAAGACUGAAACAAAUGGCACGGACGACGAGAACAAGGUCCAACUUGUAACCGAUACUUGUGUGCCGGAGACUGAGGUGAGGGUUAACGGUUACAACGCCAAUCAGUUGUCGAGCGAAUCAACGGCAAAUCCAUCUGUGGACAGUUCUACGGAUACUCUUAUACCGACUAGCGAGCCGGCCAACGUUACCGUAAAUGGCGAAACCGAAUCACUACAAAAUGUUCCGCAUGAAGAAUCAGUUGAUUCUGGAUCCACCUGGAUCGAUGGUGGGCUCGCAUUGGGUCGUCCACCGUGCACGUGCAAUAGUUCGCAACAGGAAGGCAGCAGUGAUAUAAGUGACUCGAGUAUCCCGUUGAUGUCACAAACACCGAGCAGCGCCUGUCCAGCAUCGCCUAUGCACCACGAAAUCUUUGCGGAAAAUCCCGACAGACUCGAUGACGUUGACGGUUUGCCGGUCAUACAUUGCGACGUACAAUUGAGGGUACAACAAAUAAUCUCCGAGCACAAGCUCAAAGAAGAGGCGCUGAAAAAGGAGCUGCAUACGACACGACUGGCUCUGAUAAAGCAAGUUUGCAAUCAUAACGCAGACAAUGAUCGCAUCGACGAUAUCGGUUCUCUGCCGGAUUCCGUAGGUAGCGCCGGUGAUCACGGCGAGUCCGUACCUUCGGACAUGUCGUGGGAGGCUGUCGAGGAAUUGGGUCCAGCUCCGACUCUGUGGGUGCCGGAUCAUGCCGUCAAUCGAUGUAUGGGCUGUAACACAGAAUUCUGGCUGGGAAGGCGCAAGCACCACUGCAGGUGUUGCGGUAAAAUCUUUUGCGCCGAUUGUUCCGAGCAUUCGACGCCUCUGCCAAGUGAGCAGCUCUACAACCCCGUGAGAGUGUGCAGCGAUUGUUUUUCUCGUCUGCAUCAUCACACUAGUCCGUGUCAAUGCAGCAUCCGUCAUCACGUAACCAAAUAUACCGAAAAUGAUUUGGAGAUAACCGGCGCUCUCGACAACGCUCCGUUGAUUUGUUCGAGGCCAAAAAUAGCACUGGCCAGUAAAGAGAGCGGAUGCGGGGAGGCGUCGAUGCAGGCGACACAACAGAAAAGACCUCAACCCUCGCCGGAAGCGAGUGUUGUCAAUUGAAUAACUCGUUGAAAAACCCACUAAAAGCAGAAGGAAUAAAAAAAAAAAAAAACAAAGGAAUCACGAAACAUCACAUUCACGAGAUAUUAAUCGUUUGACGACGUGCUAAAUCAUCACCUUCGAAACCACCAGCGUCGGGGAGGGAAGGUAUACGUCGGUUGCGGAUUUAUACAUAAUUUAUAAGCGAGGAACAUAUACAGUAUACAUAUUGAUAAAAGAAAAAACAAAAACAAGGAAAUACACGAUAAAAACUCGUACAUUCAACCACACGCAGAGAAAGAAACACACGAUUAUGUGUACACUAGAUCCUCAUAGCGUAUGUAUAUAUAUGUAUGUAUAAAUAUAUGUAUAUACAUAUAUAUUUAUAUGUAUAUAUAUAUAUGUAUAUAUAUAUCUAUUUAUAUAUUGUAUAUGUAUCGUAUUCGCGAAAAUCGCGUUAGAUUCUGGAAUAAGCGAUCUAAUAUUUAUUGAUAGUUUAACGAUUUGUACGACGAUGUGUAUAGAGAGGUCGCGGUGGAUUACGAGGAGGAACGAGAUAUAUCAGUAUACGAGGUUGUACAUAACACACCUUGAGCGUUCAUCCUCAAGCCCCCCUGUUGCGGUUGAAAAAUAAUGCAAUAGGGGCGAUGAAUUAAAUACGAAAGAAGAAGCAGAAGAAUAUGGAGAUGAAGAUCACACGUAGAGUUAAAGAACUUUAUCUCGUUGAAGGGUACGACGAUCGUAAAACCAUGGUAAAUGGGCAUGAACGUUGAGAGGGAAUUAACGUUGCACACCGGUUGAGCACGUUUUUGUUUUAGAUAGGCUGUGACAGAUUACUCUUUUCCGAGUACGUAAAAAAGAAGAAAAUCAUUUGGAAGGGCAUGGAUUUAUUAUUAUUAUUAUGAUUACGAUUAUUAUGAUUAUUAUUAUUAUUGAUCGUUGUAAAUUUGUUGCUCCUCCGCUCAGGCCCAGAGCUUGAUUAGAAUUUGAUAAAUGAAUCGAAAGGAAAUUAAAUUAGAGAACGAGACAAAAAACGUAAAUAUGUUCAUGGUCUGAAAAUUUAUGCUGGUAAAGGAAUCUGGGUAAUGUGAAAAAUGUUUUUGCGUUGCUUCAUCGAGUAACUGAGUCACCAAAAUUUUUCAGAGUCUCUCUCUCUCUCUCUCUCGUUCUCUCUAUCUUUCUCUCUCUAUGUGUUUGUCGAGAAUCUCCGGUACUCAAGGGUACUAAGGAAUGAAAUCGUGGUCUCGAUCGAAACAGUAAAAAUUCGAGAAACGCCAGCUCCUUUAACCACAGGUAUAUAACAUAAUAUGACAAUGCUUUGUCACUUUGCUGAAAAUCGCGGGAACAGCGUGUGUAUCUGUACGAGGGGUUGGGGGGAAACAUGAAUCGGAGAGAAAAUUUCGGAUUGAGGAGAAACGUACGAGUGUGGUACUCUAGCUAAAUUCAAAGAGGGUUGUAAACGAGAGGAAAACCGCUCGAUAGCGCGAAUUGUAUAUAAUGUAAUCAACGACAUGGAAAUUGUCACACGGAGCCGAGACCAAAAAAAGAAAAAUCAGUUAAUCCCUGACUAACCAUAUGUAGUUAAAAGGGAGAUAUGGCGGAUAUUUUUGUGUUUUGCGCUGGCACGAAUCAUCGAAAAAGAGAGAAAUUAUCUUUUUUUCAAAGAUUUUUGUUUCUUUUCUUUUGCUAUCGAUUCAGGACGUGUAAACAGCGCACGUCACGCAUCGAUGGAAUGAAUAAAGUGAAAUCGUUAUUAUUGUCCUAA